GGAGGCAUGAUUUAUUAAAAACAUUCUAUUCAAGAUGGUAGAUGCUGUAUCGCGGAGAAUGAAUGUAAACAUAACAACAGGAAAACAUUAUGGAAAUGGGUAAAGAGAUUAUAGUAUAAUAUGCUGAUUGUACAAUAAUUCGCAACAAUGUCUAAAAGGAGAACCACCGUGAGGUCCACUGGUCCAGUAAAGGGCACCUCUGCUGCAAAAGGGAAGCAGAUUAAACCAGCUUAUACCAAUAUGAUAAAGCCUCCCACCAGUGAAGUUGCACCAACAAAAUCAUUCUUGUAUGAAUCAGAUGAUGAAGAUGAUGAUGACUUUGGUUUCAGAUACACUCCAAGUCCAAAUCGUUCUAUGGUUAAUUCACAACACAUGAGGAAUGGAAAAUCUAGUUUUAGUUUAAAGGAUUCAAUGAACGCCUUAGGUGUUAGUAAUACCUCAAAUAAUAAUUUUAACGACGUUUUUGAAAAUAACAGAAAGCAUCAAAAUAUGAGGGUGGGAAGUGGAAAAGCUACACGUAAAAGUUUGUUACAAACUCCUACACGAAAACAUCAGAGAAACAUUGGACCACUAGAACCAAAUAUUUCUGCUGAAUUUGAAAAAUUAGUUUUAUCUGGAAAUUUUAUCAAUUUUAGUCAAAUAGCUAUAUUAUUAGGUCAUGCAAGUACAAAUGACCAGGCUACUGAAAUACUUAAGAGAGACAUUUUAACAUGGUUAGAUUGUUAUAUGUUAUACGUAUCAAUCAUUGGUACUGUUUGUCCUGGACGUAUUUCUAGUUUUACAAGCUACAGCAGAGUUAUUCUGUGGAUAUACAAAGAAUCAAAAGAUGUUACAGCUUGGUGGAGAUAUGAUAAAGCCUAUAGAAGGAUGGCCUCUUCACAAGGGGAAACAGAUUGGUCUUAUAUUGAUGAAGAAAUGUUUGCAGGUGCCACAUCAGCAAAAUACAGAGAAACUUUAAAUUGUGAAGAUUGCCUGACACUACAACAUCCAUCCGGCAAAUGUCCAUUUCGCAGUGCCAUCACAGGACAUUACUUUAUGGGAUCUCUAUCACCUCGAGGUGAUGGAGCCAUAUCUCCAAGAAGAAACGAAAGGGUUGAAUUAGCACUAGCAAAUCCCGAAAAAUCUGCUAAAAAACCAUCUGAAGGAUUACAGUUGAAGUUUGCAUUUGGUUAUCAUGGCUACAAUGCGUGUAACAAUGUGUUCUAUACACAAUCCAACGAAAUUGUUUUCCAUACUGCAGCUGUUGGAGUUGUUUACAAUCAACAAACACACGAGCAACGGUUUUAUCUGGGACACGAUGAUGAUAUCCUUUGUCUUACAGUUCAUGACGAACAAGAUUUCAUUGCGACUGGCCAAAUUGGAAGAAAUCCAUGUACUCAUGUUUGGGACAUCGUGUCAAUGAAAUGUGUGGCUGUUCUGAGAGGAUUUCACAAACGUGGAAUCAUCUGUGUUGAUUUCUCAGGUGACGGUGAAAAAUUAGCUGAUGUUGGUUUGGAUGAUGAUCAUUGUAUUUGUAUCUGGAACUGGAAGAAGGAAGAAAAACUCGCCUCAACAAGAGGUCAUAAAGAUGUUAUUUACAACCUCGAGUGGAAUCCAUACGAUGUCAACAAGUUGGUGUCUGUUGGUGUUAAACAUAUCAAGUUUUGGACUUUAAACGGUAACAAGAUUGAGAAGAGAACGACAACAUUUGGUAAAGCAGGCGAAUUAACUGAUAUGUUAUGUAUCUGUCAUUCACAGCGUGAAGAUUUGUGCUACACUGGAGCUGCGUCUGGUGAAGUAUAUGUAUGGCAAGGAAGCACAUACAGGAAAGCAAUACCUGCACACAAGGGGCCAGUGUAUGCCAUGUUUGCCAUCUUGCAAUCACAAGAGAAGGGCUUCGUGACAGGAGGCAAAGAUGGCGUCGUGGUAAUAUGGGGCGAGUCUUUCAGUCAACCCCUUCGCGCGUUUAAAAUUGAAACUUCACAAUUUCCUACUGGUACAAUUCUUCUGAAUGAUUGUCCAGCUAUUCGGUCUAUACAUACUGAUGAAGGAAAUGUUUUGGUGGGCACAGGUAAUGACGAAAUCAUACAAAUACACUAUGAUGGAUCCAUGGAAAUGAUUUUACAGGGUCAUGGAGAAGGUGAACUUUGGGGAUUAGCUGUCCAUCCUUUCGAACUGGAAUGUGCAACGGUGAGUGACGAUAAAACAUUGCGUAUAUGGAACAUCAAUGAACAUUGCAUGAAAAAGGUGGCAGUGUUGAAGAAGGGUGGAAGAUGUGUUGCGUACCACCCAAAUGGAGAAACUAUGGCGGUUGGUUUGAAUGAUGGAAGCUUCAUGAUAAUAGAUUCUAAAACGUUAAAAACGCUCGUGUUAACAAAAGACCGUGCGGAGGAGAUCUCCGAUAUCAAGUUCUCUCCCGACGGCACAUACCUAGGUGUCGCGUCACAUGAUAAUAUGUUGGAUAUUUAUCACGUCAAGAAAGGCAAAAAACGUUGCGUCUGUCGUGGCAACUCGAGUUAUCUUACGCAUUUUGAUUGGGACAUCCACGGUCGUCUAAUACAAACGAAUUCUGGCGCUCGUGAACAUUUGUUGUUUGAAGUUCCAUCUGGUACGAGAAAGACCAUGGGUACAGAUGCUGUCAUAAGAUCUGAUUGGUCGACGUUCACUUGUGUGAUUGGUCCAACCGUGAAAGGUAUAUAUCCACCAAUGACAGACGUCACAGAUGUAAACACAACAUGUCGAACGAAGGAUUACAAAUACGUUGCUACUGGUGAUGAUUUCGGAUUAGUCAAGUUAUUCCGUUUUCCCGUUUUGUUACGUGGUGCAAAGUAUCGCUCUUACAAGGGACACUGUAGUCACGUGACCAAUGUACGAUGGACGUGCAAUGAUAAAUACCUUCUUUCGACUGGAGGAAUGGAUGCGACAUUGUUGCUAUGGGAACGGGUUCCAGCUGGUCAAGAUUUUGCUGAAGAAGAAGAUGAACCAGAAAAGUUCGUUCAACCGACGUUUAAGCCGACAGGUCCAAUCAAAGAUCCGAUGACGAAGACGAAGGCGACUUGGGAUUAGUUCGAUGCGGUGUUAAAAAUACACGAAUUUAAGCUGACUAAUAUGUACAAAGUUUUACGAAGAUGUAUAUAUGAAAAUAUUUAAUUAAAAGAAUUUUUCAAGUUAUGGUGGCAUGGAAACCAGGUAGCGUUGUAAUCAAUUUUUUGAGGGGAAUUUUUAUUUUAAAUUUCUUUAGGUGUAUCUUCUAAAAGUUUUACCAAAAUCUUUUCUUAUUAUGAAUUCAUAAAGUUAACUUUUUCGUACUAAUUUUUGCUCGUAUUCAUUUUCUCGCAGCUUAAAGAAAUCUAUUUGCGCGUAUAAAAUUUAGCGCAAGUUUUAAUGUUUUAAUAUCAUUUUAAUUUAUUUAGCAUAUGAUUUUUUAAUUUUCUUUUAUAUUUACCAAUUUUUUUUUUACUUUAACAAAUUUUCUUGUAUAAUAUAUGUAGUGUAGGAGCAAACUAUUUCUUAAGCACAAGUGAAACAAGUUUGCCCAAUGUUUAGUUUUUAGCAUAAAGCACAGUUUACACUGUGAUGCCAUCUGUUACUAUUUCCCUGUUGUUUUGUAUUUAUUUUUGCAAAUAACCUCAAAGCUUUGUUUCGUAAGAUGGUUUUACGUAACGAAAUGUUUUCACUGACCAGUGGUAAUUAUCCAAUAUCCUAAAUUUAUUGAUUCCAAGCGAUUCUUUUUAAUUUUGCACGUGAAGCCUUCAUAACGUCUAAUAAAGUCAUAUAUCUAAUUUUUUAGAAUAACUUUUUAGAAAACGCACUGCGUAUUUUAUUGUAAAAUACAAUAUGGAACUUGAGUUGGUUUUAUUUAUACUUGUAUAUAAAUGUAUUUAAAUUCGCCGAAAAAA